CCUCGGGUCGUUGUCGCGCUGUGGGGACAGUGGAUAAAGGCAUCAGAGUAAGGAUGCCCAAAGCUAUUGCAGAUAUGCAUGAGGAAAAUACAGAUGUAACAAAUGGAUGUGGCAAAGUCAGAAGUGGAACACAAAAUGAGGCUGCCUUACUUGCACUGAUGGAGAAGACUGGGUACAGCAUGGUUCAAGAGAAUGGGCAAAGAAAAUUUGGUGGUCCUCCACCAGGUUGGGAAGGUCCUCCUCCACCUCGUGGAUGUGAAGUUUUUGUGGGAAAGAUUCCUCGUGAUAUGUAUGAAGAUGAACUGGUUCCUGUUUUUGAGAGAGCUGGGAAGAUAUAUGAGUUCAGACUGAUGAUGGAAUUCAGCGGUGAGAAUCGAGGCUAUGCRUUUGUGAUGUACACCACUAAAGAGGAGGCCCAACUAGCCAUUAGGAUUCUUAAUAAUUAUGAAAUCCGUCCAGGGAAGUUUAUUGGUGUCUGCGUAAGCUUGGACAACUGCAGACUCUUCAUUGGAGCAAUUCCAAAAGAAAAGAAGAAGGAAGAAAUACUGGAUGAAAUGAAAAAAGUUACAGAAGGAGUGGUGGAUGUCAUUGUUUAUCCAAAUGCCACCGAUAAAACUAAAAAUCGUGGCUUUGCUUUCGUUGAAUAUGAAUCUCACAGAGCAGCUGCAAUGGCUCGAAGGCGACUCAUCCCAGGAACAUUCCAACUCUGGGGUCAUACUAUUCAAGUAGACUGGGCAGACCCAGAGAAAGAAGUUGAUGAAGAAACAAUGCAGAGAGUUAAAGUGUUGUAUGUAAGAAAUUUAAUGAUAUCUACUACAGAAGAAACAAUUAAAGCUGAAUUCAACAAGUUCAAGCCAGGAGUAGUUGAACGUGUAAAGAAGCUGAGAGACUAUGCUUUUGUUCAUUUUUUCAACAGAGAGGAUGCAGUUGCUGCUAUGUCUGUAAUGAAUGGAAAGUGCAUUGAUGGAGCUAGCAUUGAGGUAACACUGGCAAAGCCAGUUAACAAGGAAAGUACAUGGAGACAACAUCUUAAUGGUCAGAUUAGCCCCAACUCUGAAAGCCUUUUAGGGUUUCCUAAUAAAGAAGAUGGUCAUCAAAAAUCCUUAGGAAAAACAUCAAGUCUUUCAGUUCGUCCUAAUGGCCAGCACAGUCCAAAUCUCCCUGAAAUUGAAAGAUGCACAUACCCAUUUUUUCCAGGAACAAAGCUUACUCCAAUUAGCAUGUAUUCUUUAAAAUCCAGUCACUUCAGUUCUGCAGUAAUGCACCUGGAUUAUUAUUGCAAUAAAAAUAACUGGGCACCACCAGAAUAUUACUUGUAUUCAACCACAAGUCAGGAUGGGAAAAUACUCCUAGUGUACAAGAUAAUUAUUCCUACUAUAGCAAAUGGUUCCCAGAGUUAUUUCAUGCCAGACAAACUCUGUACAACAUUAGAAGAUGCAAAGGAGUUGGCAGCACAGUUUACACUUCUACAUCUAGCCAACUGCUCGCCCUAUUUGGCUUGAACUGCCCUGAGGAGCCAGGUCCCGAAGAGCAGGGUUGAACAGGUGGGAAGUUUGGAGCUCCUUAUGGAAGAACACCACAAUGGUACACAAUUACUGGCAAUACAAAUUACAUGUUUACUGGUAUUUUGCAAAGAGCAUGUGUAUUUUAAAUUUUACACUUUAAAGAUUAGUGAAAUUGAAUGUUAAAUUUAGUUAAUGUUUGAUCAAAUUUGUUUUGAAGAGAAUUUGUUUAAAAUAUUUUAUUACUUGUAGUUUAUAAACAGUAGCUUAUUUUUAGCGUUGAAAUAAUUUGCUCCACUUCCUACCCUUGUACUUCUGUCUUGGGCAGAAUUUCUUUAGUGUAUAUAUAGUAAGUGAUAAAUCUUAAGCAAACCUUAAGGAAAAUCUGGCUACUCUGCCUUUUCAUAAACAAACAUACUUCCCAAUAUUCCAGUCCUAGAUCUAACGUGAAAUUUCAAUAGCACACAGAUUUACUUAACUUAUGCACCAUUUUACAGAAAAGCACUAGUCAAUGAAAUGUUCAGUAAAAUCUCUGCUGCUGGUAGGGCGUUACAGCAGGAAGGACGGGGAGGCUGGAGGCUUUGCAGCAACUUCCAGCAGCUGCYGCCAGCGGCUUGGCGCAGUCCUGGGGCUCGCUGCAAUACACAACUCUGAGGCAAAAGACCGAAAGAAGAAUUAACACGUAGAACCUCCGUCUAUCUUUACAGAGGGCUCGUGAGCUGCAUUUCUUGCUGUUGGUCAGCA